AUGGCAGCACCGGAGUGUCGGCCAGAUGAUGCGCAGCAUCAAAAGGCUUCGAGGCCUGCGGAUGCGACCGUCAACAUGGACCCGGAAAAGCAGCCUGCUGAUGCCGCAAACCUGUAUUCCAUCUUCACGCCGUGGCAGAAGCGAGGCAUUGUUCUCGGUGCUUCUGUGGCGGCCUUCUUUUCCCCCUUGACAGCUCAAAUCUAUUUACCGGCCUCGACACUAAUAUCAGAGGACCUGGGUGUCAGCGAUACGCAAAUCAACUUGACCAUUACCACUUUUAUGGUCUUUCAAGGCCUUGCCCCCAUGUUCAUCGGAUCUUUGGCCGAUAAUGGUGGCCGACGUCCAGCAUACGUGGUGUGUUUCCUCAUUUACCUCACUGCCAACGUUGGACUUGCCCUCGCUCCCAACUACGAUGCUCUGCUGGGCCUCAGAUGCCUUCAGUCGGCAGGAUCCAGUAGCACUGUGGCUUUGUGCUACGCAGUGGUGGCCGACGUCAUCACAUCCGCCGAGAGGGGACAGUACAUGGCCUUCACGGUCGUGCCCACGGUUUUCGGCCCAGCCAUUGGGCCUCUCGUGGGUGGUCUUCUUUCCCAACACCUUGGUUGGAGAGCCAUAUUCUGGUUCCUGGCCAUAUUCUCCGGAGUGGCAAUGGUCAUCUUUGUCUUCUUUUUCCCAGAGACGUCUGUCUGGCAGGCAGUGCGACUGCGACGUCGGAAGGAACUUGGAAGCAAGGAUCCAAUGGCCGAGGCCGCGCCCGACCAUGCUAGUAGCGCAACUGGGCAGAACAAGAUUCGUUUCAGGACCGUCUUUGGGUCCUUGUUUCUUCUGUUCGAGAAGGAGACUGGUGUGUUGCUCUGGACCAGCAGUGUGGUGUAUAUGGGGUACUACUGCAUCGGAACGGCCAUUCCUAGCCUUUUCGCGGAAAGGUACGACUACGACGGAAUCGAGGUUGGCUUGAUGUACAUCCCUCUGGCUGUCGGCUCCGUCGCCGCAGCGACGAUUGUCGGUCCUCUGUUCAACAGGAACUUCAAACGCCACUGCAUCAAGCGCGGCAUACCCUACCAUCAGGGCCAACAGCAAGACCUGUCCAACAUGCCGAUCGAGCAAGCUCGCAUGGAGAUUGGAGUGCCAUUACUAUGCUUGACUGGGGGGGGCCUUAUCAGUUGGGGUUGGGCGAUGCAUGCAGAAAGUCAUGUUGCUGUACCUUGUGCGCUUAGUUUCGUCCUAGGGGUUGGCUUGAUCGGAUACAACAACACAACAAACAUCCUGCUUGCCGAUGUCCAUCCAGGGAGAGCUGGUACCGCCACGGCGGCAAACAACCUCGCUCGAUGCCUGGUCGGAGCAGGGGCCAGUGCGGCAAUCGUUCCCUUGAUAGACGCCAUUGGUGUCGGGCCGGCAUUCACGCUCGUCGGCUCGUUGUAUUUCGUCGCCAUCAUUCCCGCGUUGAUACUCGUCAAGUGUGGCAUGAAGUGGAGAGCCGAAAGCAAAGGAACAGACGAGAGAGGAAAGCUCGGCAAGGCCAAAGGGCUUGAGUCUGGCGGUGAACAGGUAUCAGAUGACGAGAAAACAGGGCAAUAG